AUGUCGAUACUCCGGGCUGGCUUGCGGAAAUGUUUACCACCCUUCAUGAUCCCGGACGUGUUUGUGCCUGCUCGAAAGAUUCCCCUCACCCCUAGUGGGAGGGUCAACCACAAUGUUUUGCAACAGGCGGCCUCCCACUUGAAUCUGCAGAAAUUUGUACCAACGACUCCUAGGGAGGCACCGUUGACGAGGAAUGAGCAACAUGUUCAUCGUCUAGUUGUUGAAACGCUUGGGCUGCCAUCCAACGACAUCGGGUUGCAAGAUGAUUUCUUCGACCUGGGAGGCGAUGUUUUCAAAGCAAUGCUCUUAUCCACAAAAGCCCGUCUAUCAGGGUUGCCUAUCACGGCGGCUGAUAUUCAUGAUCAUCCAUCUUUACGAGAGCUUGCUGGCUUGUGUGUUAGUUGA